GGGCGCGGCCGGCCGUGAGGCGGUUCUGAGGCGGUCGAGACGCCCCUGGGCAGCGGCGUGAGGGUGCUCACGCCUCCGCCUUCCUGCGUGGGUCCCUCUGCGCCCGCCCCGGCCCGCCGGUCGCAGCUGUGGUCGUCACGGCUGCGCCCGCGUCCGGCCGUCCCCAAGCCUCGGGCCGGAGGAUGCCCAGGAAGCUGCUGCUGCUGCCCCCGCUGUCCGCGUGCUCCGCUGUCCGCGUCCCGCGGGUCCGCCCCGCCGCCUCGCCGGCCAUGAACGCCGCCCGCACCGGCUACCGAGUCUUCUCGGCCAACUCCACGGCCGCCUGCACGGAGCUGGCCAAGCGCAUCACGGAGCGUCUUGGUGCCGAAUUGGGGAAAUCUGUUGUCUAUCAGGAACCCAAUGGAGAACUCAACUGUCCUGGCCUGGAACUUGGGAUCCUUCUUGGCUUAGCCAUGUGGCACCAUCAUGCCUCAAAAGCUGAAACAAGAGUUGAAAUCAAAGAGUCUGUUCGUGGCCAAGAUAUUUUCAUUAUACAGACAAUACCCAGAGAUGUGAAUACGGCCGUGAUGGAGUUGCUGAUUAUGGCGUACGCACUGAAGACUGCCUGUGCCAGGAAUAUCAUCGGCGUGAUCCCCUACUUCCCCUACAGCAAGCAGAGCAAGAUGAGGAAGAGGGGCUCCAUCGUGUGCAAGCUCUUGGCGUCCAUGCUGGCCAAAGCUGGUUUAACUCACAUUAUCACUAUGGAUCUUCACCAAAAGGAAAUACAAGGCUUUUUCAGCUUUCCCGUGGACAACCUUAGAGCCUCACCUUUCCUGCUUCAGUAUAUCCAGGAAGAAAUUCCAAAUUACAGAAAUGCAGUCAUUGUAGCUAAGUCUCCUGAUGCUGCAAAAAGGGCUCAGUCCUAUGCUGAGAGACUGCGGCUGGGGCUGGCUGUGAUCCACGGAGAAGCUCAGUGCACAGAGCUGGACAUGGAUGAUGGUCGACACUCACCCCCCAUGGUCAAGAAUGCUACCGUCCACCCAGGCCUGGAGCUGCCCUUGAUGAUGGCGAAAGAGAAGCCACCAAUAACAGUGGUCGGAGACGUCGGGGGACGAAUUGCAAUUAUAGUGGAUGACAUUAUAGACGACGUGGAGAGCUUUGUAGCUGCUGCAGAGAUCCUGAAGGAAAGAGGUGCUUACAAGAUCUAUGUCAUGGCCACACACGGCAUCCUGUCUGCUGAAGCCCCCCGGCUGAUUGAAGAGUCCUCCAUUGAUGAGGUGGUGGUGACGAACACGGUCCCUCACGAGCUUCAGAAACUGCAGUGCCCCAAGAUAAAGACCGUGGACAUCAGCUUGAUUCUUUCUGAGGCAAUUCGGAGAAUCCAUAAUGGCGAGUCCAUGGCUUACCUCUUCCGGAACAUCACAGUCGACGACUAGCAUGGAGCUGCCUUGAUUCUGGGUCUGCAGCAGUGUGUCAGCCUGGAAAUAGGCUGCAGUUAGCAAGUCUCUACAAGCUGGAGGAGGCGCUAAGAUAGGCAAGAAGACAGCUAGUGGAUACGUGGCUUCAUUCCGCAUCAUCAGCCUUGUUCCUUAAUCCUAAGCAGACAUUGGAAGUCGUACUGAGGUGGAAGUGGGACGACAGGCAGUCCCCAUGCUAACAGUGUUGAGUAGCAUCUGCCCUGGGGCAGGCAGCUGAGCUGUUGGACUUGCUCAGGGAGCUGAGUGGCCUGGCACUGUUGUAUGCAGUUGUCCUCUCCCUAGACAAGUUCAAGAGAGUCAUUUUCAGAAACUGCUGGGCCUACUGCCAUUGAACAGUGAAUCCAUGUCUGCUCUCAUUGAGCUAGUCAAAUGAGAGAGUAGCACUCUGUCCCUCAGAGCUGUGUUGCUUAGAAGUUGCAAAUAAAAGUUUGUCUCUAGUGUCUUCCA